AUGGAUGGAAAAAAGCCAACUCAAAACCCCUCAAAGAAAAUUUACGAUGCAACAGAUUUGAAAAACUUUGAACAGUCCAUCGCCUUUCACAGACUCCAACAAAUACUCAAGGAUAUAGUACUUGCAGUUCAAGGGAUCAAGAUACCACCAGGUGUAUUAGACCCAAAUAUUGUUACUCGAAUCAAUGGCAAUACAAUCUCAUCAGCUGCCCUGUUUAUCCCCGUAGUUGAACCAAUUGAAAACUUCACGCCUCAUGUUGAGCAGAUAUUAAGCAUAUUAAAGCGACUAAACGACAUUAUUGAUGAAACUCCACGGUUUGAAGGACCCACCAGGUUUGGUAAUAUUGCUUACAGAAGUUGGCAUGAUAAAGUUGAAGCUGAAUUGCCAACUUUGACCUCAGAAUUUCUAAAGUUUAACGACAACAAUAAUGAUGCUAAUGGGGAAAACCAUUCAAAACUUAUAGGCGAAGCCACAUAUUACCUAGCAAACUCAUUUGGAUCCAAGAUGCGGCUAGAUUACGGUACUGGUCACGAAUUGUCAUUUGUCGCAUUUCUUGGUGGACUUAUGCAUUUCAAAUUUAUUGCUCCAACAGGUUUAGAGCUCUUGACAAUUUUUUCCAAAUAUUACGACUUGGCUCGUCGAUUAAUUCUUGUUUACAAUUUGGAACCUGCAGGCUCGCAUGGAGUUUGGGGCUUAGAUGAUCACUUCCAUUUGAUUUAUAUACUUGGAGCAUCACAAUUUUGCGAAGACAAAUUUGCCCCCUCAGUGCGUACUGCAUUAAGCAAACAAACAAUCUUGGGUCAUAGGUUGAGCAAUCUUUACGUUAAUGCAGUUGCAUUUAUCUUCAAACUCAAAAGUGGACCUUUUCAUGAGCAUAGUCCAAUAAUUAGUGAUAUACACACAAAUGUCUUGCUGUGGGUAAAAGUACGUCAAGGACUAAUGAAAAUGUAUAUGGUUGAAGUGUUUGGAAAAUUCCCAGUCAUUCAGCAUUUCUGGUUUGGUGAAUAUUUAUACCCAUGGAAGCAUGCACAAACAAAAUUAGCUUUGCCGGUUAUACAAAGAGAUAGGGAGGACGGUGAAGAGGAAAAGGAAGAGGAUAGAGAAAGAGAAGAGAGGGAAAAAUUAUUCGAUCCAACAAGAUCCGCAGGGGUGAUAAAGGCAAUGAAAAUGCCAACAAAAAGCAAGAGCAACAUACCAAUGACUGCCGCACCAUGGGCCAAUUCCAAUAGAUUUCGCGAUUCUCCUUUUACAAAGCGUUGA